CUUGGGUAGAAUGAGGUGUUUUUCUUCUUCUUCCUCCCCUGUUCGCUCUUCUUCAAUCAGUUUUUCUAGAGUGACUUGGAUUUUCUGAAAUUCCUCUCGAUACUAGCAAAAUUCUUGUUAACAGUUUUUGUAAAAUCAUAGAACUCUUUCUUGUCUUCUCGAUUUUGCCGCAGGGUCUUGAUAUCCAACUAUAAAGAUUCAAGUUCCAAAGACCAGGUGUCUUGUGUUUUUGUUGCCUUGGUCAUCAAAUCUAGGGGAGGGUUUAGCAUCACAGGGAAUGAUGUACCUCGUCGGGGAAGAACACUUGGGUUGUGAAGGGCAGGAUUUUGCACCGGUUUCCCGGCAACCAUACCUCAAUGACCAACUCCACUGCCACCACGUCGACAUCAGCGCCGCCCGUCACCGAAGAAAAGCACUGGAAGGGAUGGCUGGGUGGGAUUUGGCACUCAAGAAUUGUUCUUCGGAAACCACUAACCUUUUUGAUCCUGCUUCCGAACUGUCUACUGUUAUCGUUAGCUUCCCUGCUUCACACUGCUGCCAAGAAACGGAAUCCACAUCUGAUCUGGACUUUUGAUUUGUCGCCUCCAAGGACUAAACGGAGCUAUGUAUACCAAUUAACACGACUAGCUACUUCUGUUAGUGUUUUGUGAUGGAAUUAGUAGAAAACACGGGAAUUUAGGGAUGAAUUGUGAUUGAUUUCAUUUCAGAUCGAAGCAAAGAAAAACUAGGGUUUGCCAGCCGGAACACAGCGGCUUAAGAGCAAAGCCUAGAUACAUCUAAAAUUGUCAUCUUCCCUCUCGAAUCCUCUCUUAAGUAGCUACAGAAAGAUAAAAAGUAAGGAAAGCGACAUGAUCCAGACUUCCGGAGCUACAGUGCUCACGGUUAAAUUUAAACUACAUGCGUUACAUUGACGAGAGCCUCCAUUACGGAAGCGGUCUAUGGGUAAUUCAAAAAAAAAAAAAACUAUUGGUUCGACGAAAAUGCGCUUUCGAUUUUGAUUUACGUAACCGGUUUCUCCUCUCGUCCUCACCAGUCUUCCUCCCCAUUUCCCCUUCUUGUUCCUUCGUCCCGACUCUUCUUCCUCUAGCCUGAUCGGAACGAGGAAGACUUUGAGGGGUUUUGGCCGGCCGGCGAUCAGGCUCAUCGACCAUGACCGAUGUAUUCCAGGGCUACGAGCGCCAGUACUGCGAGAUCUCGGCCUCCCUCUCCCGGAAAUGCACCACCGCCGCCUCCCAGGAGGGAGAGAAACUGAAGCAGAAGGCCUCGGAGAUCAAAUCCGGCAUCGAUGGCGCCGAGGCACUGAUAAGGAAGAUGGAUCUUGAAGCAAGGAACCUCCAGCCGAGCGUGAGGGCCGGGCAACUGGCGAAACUGAGAGAGUACAAGUCGGAUCUUAACAAUCUGAAGGGAGCGUUGAAGAGAAUCACUGCUGGUAAUGGCCAACAAGGGGCGAGAGAGGAGUUGCUGGAGUCAGGAAUGGCAGAUACGUUGGUGGUAUCUGCUGAUCAAAGGUCAAGAUUGCUUAGGACAACGGAAAGGCAAAAUCAGUCAACUGAUAGGAUCAGAGAUAGCCAUAGAACUAUGCUGGAAACAGAAGAGCUUGGAGUCUCCAUCAUGCAUGACUUGCAUCAGCAGCGCCAGUCUCUUUUGCAUGCUAAUGAUACGGCAAAUCACUCAACUGUCAUGAUCCAAAAUUUGCAUGACGUGGAUGACAACGUUGGCAAGAGCAGAAAGAUCAUGGGGGCCAUGGUGAGAAGGAUGGAUAGGAACAAGUGGAUUAUCGGCUUGCUGAUAGCUCUUCUUGUUUUAGCGAUCCUAGUAGUCCUGUAUUUCAAGUUUGUGCACUGAGUGAUUCCUUGCCAUUACCAUAUGACUGCAGUUUUCUAUGCCAACUACCUCUACAUUUUUAGUGUGUUUCACACUUUUCAUGUCAUUUUUUGUUUGGUUUUGCAGAACCAUUUAA